AUGACCAUUUGCCUUUCCUGCCUAGGUUCACCUUUCCUGGCCAGUGAAGAUGGUGUGCUUGGAGGAGUGAUUGUUCUCCGAACUUGCAGGUGUUCUGCAGAGUCUGACUCCUCCCAAGAUAAGCAGACACUUCUAGUGGAAUUUCUUUGGAGCCACACGACAGAGAGCAUGUGUGUUGGAUAUAUGUCAGCCCAGGAUGGGAAAGCCAAGACUCACAUUUCAAGACUCCCUCCCGGUGCGGUGGCGGGACAGUCCGUGGCAAUCGAAGGCGGGGUUUGCCGCCUGGAGAGCCCGGUGAACUGACCCUUCAGGCUGAGCAUGAAGCGUCCGAGAGGCAUUUCAGAGCGUGAGCGUUUCGGGGAUUUUAACUGAAGUUGGAUGUUUUAUCUUCGCCAUUUUAUAAUUCCUCUUUGCAGCCUCGUGCACGGCUCGCUGCUGCAGUUCGCGCUUAGUGACAUGCGGGUCUUCGGCGGGUGCGCGGGACUGAGUGUGCGCGUGUGCGCGCGCGUGCAGUGCGUGUGCCUGCUUCUCUCUCGAUGAAAUACGAGCUCCUUAUUGUGUAACCUAUGACCAGGAAUGAUUAAAUCAUCUUUACAAAAUGUGUGCUUUACUGUUUACAAGUAAAACCUAAAGUUGCAAAGGAAACAUUUUUGAUUUCACACAGAGGUACCAGCUGUCGUUGAUGUGAUGUGUCUGAACUGAAGAGUAAAUCUACAUGUUUAAAUGAUUUGACAGUGCUAGUGCUCCAUUUAAUAACAGUACUAAGUGAUAAAGUGUUUUUAUUUGUUAACCAGUUUAAGUGGAUCCUGUGGUAACUUAAACUGUUAUUCUCAUCCCUCAUAUGGGGCAUUUUUCUUUAACAAAGAAUGGUUUCAGUGAAACAAUCUAGCAGAGAAUUAAGGUCAGAACCUUUUUAAAUAAUAGUCUUAUUGAUAAAGUUUGUACUUCUUUCCUCAAGCUUUUCUAAGCUUAAAUACUGCAUAUCUUCAAGCUAUAUGUACUAUAUAAUGAGAGAAUAUGUAAAGAGAACAUACAGGAAUGCACAGUCCUUAAUUUGUGUAUAAUGGAAUGUUAUUUACAAUGUAACACUGUAAAUAAGAAAGCAAAAUUUAUGGGAAAAUUCAAUAUUAUCUUUGUUUCUUGUUUAAAUAUAUUUUUAAGAUAAAGGCACAAAAAUAAAAGAAGCAUAUUACUGGGUAUAGUGUGUGACUCCUCUUCUCAGACUAAUAAAUUAUCUUUUGAAUCUUAGAUU